CAGUAAAUCAUGAUUUCGUCAUCUCUGAGAAGUAGGAGUAGUCACGGAAGCAAGUGAAAAGUUCAGUCUUAGACAACGGGCAUCUUAUGACCGGACUUUUUCUGAGAAGCUUUCAAAGAGGAACAUUUUUUAUUCUCAGGAAGACAGCAUGGGAGGAUGGAGUUCCAAACCUGAACCCAAAAAUGACAAACCAAGUUUCAGCACAACAGCUCCGACAAUUGCCUCCAGACCCUGCUCCCAGGAGCCCACCAACAUACAGCAUUUGGUCUUGGCCUUUUUUGUGGGGGUCCUGCUAACACUGCUGCUGCUGGUCCUUGUCUUCCUCAUCGUGAAGACCUACAGAAAAUGCCACUCCAGUCCCUGGGCCCAGGAUCCUCCCUUGGAUGGUCACUCCAGCCGUGAUCCUCCGGCCAAGCUUUCAUCUCCGGAGGAAGCACUUACCUAUGCUAGUGUAGCUUUCAAAACCUUGGAAGAAAAGAGUGAACACCUGACUGAGAAACGUUCUGCACCCUUGGACACGGACAAAUUCUGGACCACAGCAUGGUCUGGUUGGAGCUGUUUGGGUGGGAUCUGGAAAUGUUAGCUGGCGGUUUUGAAGACCGAGGGGGAGUGCUGCUCUUGUCCUGAGAAGACACUGCCAGCACUCCUGCUUGGACGGACAGCCUCUUAGCCCUUUGAGGGCUGAGACGGCCUCCCUGGUCCUCUUCCAGAGUGA